GUAUCAGUGAGGCCAGAACUGAUAAGAUUCCGCACUCUUGGUGCGCUUAUCACUCGGGUGGGCCCUUAUCGCAAGGUGUGGCCUCGUCGAUGCGAAGGAGAAAAAUUCUUUCCUCGCCACUAACCUGUUGGACGUUGAUUGCGUGUGUUCUUUUAUAGGUGUGUAAAGCAAAGUGUGGCGAUUUAGUGAGUGAUUUUUGCAGAAAACUCUUAUUCGGGUCAUCAGGUGUUGUACCAUAUAACAAAAUCUCACCGUUAUGCUCUAAAAAAAAACGAUCCCAAAGUGGAAGGACAGAAAAGAGGCAUCAAAUUCAGAAAAUUGUUCGCGAACGCGUGUGAGUGAUUUGACCAAAAGAAAAGAGAUAAUAGUAAAAAAAGAAAAAAAAACUCACCAGAAGCUACAUAAUAUUCAGUGUCACACCAUGGUGGGGAGACUCAUUCUUCUUGUGAGUCUCACGGCGCUCCUGCGAUGUGGCGAUGUCCAUGCCCAGGAGAAUGCCCAGACGAGAAUAUCGGCAGCCCUGGAGGAAUGCUACAGAGAUCCCGAAGUAUUUAAUCGGGAAAAUCGACUACCACACACACCUGAAAUGCUAAUUGAGCUGAUAAGGAAAGUGGAGGAUUCACCUGAUUGGCGACAGGACAUACGACAGCUCGCUUUGAGUCUUGUUCAUCGUUUUCGGCAGGAUGGCAUUGAAUUGGCUCCCGGGGUAGCUGUUACAGAUUCAGUCCUUCCCUUCAGCCCAAGUGGCUUCCAAUUCACCAAGCAUCGCAUCAUCUUGCAGCGUCUAAUCCCAGGAAAUGCCGUCCAGUUUCCCAAUGAAACGCUAACAGUCACCGAAAGGUGUGCCCUUCACUUUAUGCUCUCCACAUCUGUGGACACAGCAGUACGUGGUGAUGAGAACAUCAGGUGCAAUCAGUUGUCGCAGUACCGAUCACGAGUACCACGAGACGUUGAAGGGGAAGAAGUUGAAGAAGAGGCUCCGGAAAAUGUUGCAGAUGAAGAACCUGAACCAAGUGAAGAUGAGGAAAGCGAUCCCAGAAUUCUCGAUACGGAAAUUGAAGAACAAGUUGAGGUAACAAACGUUAAUCCUGCCAUUAGUCAGUGUCCAGUUGAGAAUGGAGUACUUCUGUCCCAAUGGGGAGCUAUUUCGGCAGGUCCAGUCAUCACAGGUGUUGCUGCUGGUUUGUCCCCUCAAACUGUAACAACGAGGGAACUGCUGGCACUUUCACGCGAAGCUGGACGAUCACAGCGGCAACAGCAGAACUUCAAUGUGGACAACCGUUGGGCGUCAACACUUUGUGGUGAUCUAUCGGAAGUUGCCUUGAGGCAGGGACCAGCAGCUGGUCGGGAAAUUGCCGUUGGUGCUCCAGGAACGUUCAACAGUACCGUAAUCCCACGAUGGUACUUCCUUCGUCAGCGUGAACACUUCGAAAUGACUGAUGCUGAGAUUCGUGGUGGUCUCGAUGGGCUCAUCCUGGCGACGAAUGUCGUUGAAUUCCGCAAUCGUUUCAAUGCCAUAAAGCUCAGUCAGGUGCUGGAUAUGUACUACAGUCAUCGCGGGGUGUUCGAGAGGCGUUUCAGGGCAUGCAAUCGUAAUACUUUGUUCCCCGAAGUGGCUCCUGUAGCUCAACUUCAGGCCCAAACAACUGCAUUCAGUUCAGUCCUCGAUAGGGAUAUGCAACUCCGGGUAACGCUUGCACCAACGGCUAUUCAAGCAUUCUCCAAUGCUGCUGUUGAAUCCCUCUCAACGUACAUUCCUCAAUCAAUGAAUGAUCCUUCAUGCGCUAUAACGCAAAAUCGUCUCAAUGAUGAGAACAUCUGGCGUACAUCAGCUGAUCUUUACAUCUUCGUGGACACCGCAUGGCCAUUCAGGGAGAUUAAUGGGCCCAUUGCACACCUUCUGCAUAAUCUCGAUGUGAAUCGCUUUGGAACCUCCUACACCCUUCUCAAUGCCGUCGAUGGGAGUAUCAUUGUGAACAAGACCCACCAACUUAGUGAUCUGUACUCCCAGUGGAACUUAACAGUUCACCAAAAUCAUCCACAAGGUGUGGAGUUCCCUCGACUCCUACCAUCGCUGCAGACUUUUAUGACUAAUCAGUUGGAUCAUGAGCGACAGGCUGGAAUUGUUGGGGGAAGGUCAAAAAUCGUCUUGAUUAUUCCGAAUAUGGCUGGAAUAAGUGGAGCUGAUUCCGAUUUUGCUGAUGAAAGAUUGCGAGCAAUGCGAGAAGUUUUCCCCGAUAUGGAACUCUUCUUCCUCUCCGGCGGAACGGCAACGCGAUGGAAUCGUUUUGUGCGUAAUCCCCGAAUUCACAUUCAUCCACUACGUGUUAUGGGACAGGGUGGUGCUGAAGAUAAUACCAUUCCAGCUCAGAUGAGAGAUCUUAUUAGCCGGAUUCAGGAAACACCACGACGUAUUAUCAACCACCGUUGCGGAGCUAUUUGGCAAUCCCAGGAUGAAGGUGUUGAUUCGCAGAAUGAUUACAUUGAACCUGAAGGAAUUAUUUUCUAUCGUGUCUCUCCGAAUUACUUCUUCCGUCCGGGAGAUCGUCGACGUGUUGUACGUAUUCAGGGACAGGGAUACUCUCCUCUAACUGUUUGCAUGUCAAGAACUGAGCAGAAUCCACGGGCCAAUGCAACGAAUCAGGUUGGUGAUGUGCGAUGCACGAGAAUUUCACAGAAUUCCUUCGAGGAGGACGUCAGCAACUACUGCGCUGAUCACUCGUACAUCCACCACUGUCCACCGCUCUUCAUUUCCGUCGAAGGACCCUCCCUGGCGGGUAGUGAUCAAAUUCAAAUUCGCUGCACCGAUGAUCUAUGUCGCUUCCCCGAUAGCUCCCGUUUUGCCAUUCAAACGGAAAAUUUAGCCUGUUUCAGCGGAAGUGGCAUCAAAAUGACAUUCCUCUUCAUCCUUGUCUCCCCACUCUUCCUCCUCCUAUCACGAUUCCUCUAAAUUCACAAAAAAAAUAACUAUUUUCUAUCGUCUUCAUCCGCAAGAAAAGAAGAAAAUUCAUUCAAUGGAUUUUUUAAACAUUUCCUUAUACCAAAUGAAGCAGAAAAACACAAAAAGACGAAUAUUUUGGUAGCUUUUGUAUUCUCGAGAGACGAAGAUUCUUUCUCUUGGAUUCAUCUGCACCAAAAUUCGUAUUUGGCACACCAGACAAUUUCAACAAAACACCGACCAUUUUUUAAGCCAAUUUACAUGUUUAAGUAUUCGUUUAUAAUGAUUUGUUUUACGCAAACAACUUUAGUGUAAGAAUUAAAUUUUUUUGGACAACAAAUAAAGUCAUUUUAGGAAGAAAAA